UCCUGCAGCUGCAGGCUACAGCCCCUUGUAUUUGAUCCCCUGUGCCAGGUCUCCGCUCUCUACCCCGCACGGUCUAUCAGGCUCUUUGUGGAAAACGAAACCACAGGUGCGCCAACGGGUUAUCCUGCAAGGGAGCGACCGCGUUUAGUUCGGAGCUCUGUUUGUCGGAGGGUCUUCUAUCGCCAGGUGCCCCAGAAGUAAAACCUGCCAUCACAGACCUAGCUUACUCGCGCUUCCACUGUCUCUACAUGUAUCAUGGCUCUGGUUGCACUGUGUUGUAUCCUGGCGCUGUGUCUCUGUUCUCCUAUCUCUGCGCUACCUGUGGGGACAUCUCCUCCGGUGGAGUCUUCCCUGAACCUCUUCCCGCUGGCCUUCUCGCCGCUCGUGAUAUUGGUCGCUCUCAAGCUUGGAUAUCUCAAGCUUAGAAGAACUCAGUUGAUCCACCCAUCGGAUCACAGCUCUGGUGCCUCCUCCAGUCUCAGCCUGCGCGUAGGAGCCGUCCGACUCCAUCUGAAGCUCGUACAGACAACCUUUCUCACAGGCUUCCUGGGCUCACCAGCUUGGGAGACGAGAGCUCAGCCCAGUACAAGUAACACCGGCCUGGUUCAGUACCUUCGCCGCGGCGCACCUUCCUGCACCCCGUCUCCCGUCUUAUACUCGCGCAUUCUGGGCGGUUCGUCGCGUAAUUCCCGAUCCAACACAUCUGCGCGGCAACGCCAGCCAAGGCGUGUUUUGCUUCUCGGAACGCACAUGAAGAUGGUGGUCACGCAGAUAUCCACAGCUGCGCAAGCGAACAUCCAUCCUCCCUUCCAUGUGUUACUACUGCGACACCCUUGCCUGCUGUACCUUCCCCUGUCUAUUUGCCGUCUCGAUGUGGGAUGGGCUCGCUCCAGCUGCAGUCUCCCUCGUUGAUGCAGGUUAUGGAACCCGUCCUAUUAGCGAUGGCUCUCGACUCGAAGGACCCGACCGUGGCAAGGAGUGCUGGUGAUCAUCCACCAUCUGC